GGCAGACGACAGCCAGGUAUUGUAGUAGGCUAAGCUCACCUCCACUUCAACCUUCGAUCUGAGUCAGUCUGGUGCUCACACCUGGGACUGGAGAGUUCUGUGACCACUGACUGACCGGUGUGUCUUCAUCCACCUGCAUGAUCGAUAUGCAGGGUUGUGUGUGUGCCCAUUGUGGUGGUGUAAUUGGUCACUAUAGUUGGUGACUCACGCUACUAGAGCGAGGUGUUGUCACAUGGCACGUGGCUCUGUUAUCAGAUAAUUAGUAAACAUGAAGAAUGAUUCAUAAUUUUGUGCAAUAUGGAGGUUUGUUUGCACAUAUGUCAUUCAUUUCAUGUUGCUGUGUCGUCCCCAGUUCAUGACAGUCGACAACAUUGGAGGGAUGUCAUAGGAUGGGAUUCUUCGGACAUACGGUCAUGUUUAUAAACAUUGAACAGACGGGCCUUUGUUGUGACGGGUAUAGGCAGUCUUUUCUCAACACUGGAUGCUCUUCAGUUAUAGUGCUGGGAUGAUCUGUCACCAGAGAAACAUUUGGUGUGCUACAGUGCCGUACUGUUUCAUGUGACUGGGUUUAAACUGACAGAUUCUAAUUACCAAGGCUGAUUGUUGUUAAUAUUUAUCACCUUGUGUUCCCAGUCACAACUGUGUUCUGUUGGGCAGGAUAUUUUGAUAGUGCAACUGCUGGUGCGUGAUUUGGUAACAUUUGAGGAGCAGAUUUGGGAGCCUGGAGAUGACAAAAAGUGCUUACACUUUAUCAUUGUUUAUAAAGGCUCUUAACGUCAGAGGAUAAUCCAGGUGAUAUACAACAAAACUGUUGUCAGCCUACAAGCUAUGUUAACAGUGAAGCACAUGACACAAGCGAUGGUAGUGUCUAAGUAGCAUUGCCCGACAACAUUGCCUUUGCACAAACUUGGCUAAAAAAGGAAGAAUUAAUCUUGACAUCAAGCAUUGGGAUUUUGUCUUGAGAGGAUCAUACAAAUUGGAUUAGUACACCAGAAAAAUUGCUGUAAUUUCAAAGAUCAGGACUCUGGCAAUGAAGGACAAUGGAUUAGGGUGCAUAAUCUUCAUAUAGAUCAUAGUAUUGAGCAUGCUGAUUUACCUGAUUGGACAUUCCGAGCAGGAGGAGGCUGAGGUGCUGGUCCCUCCCCCAGGGGUUACAAAUGACCCUAGUGACCCGGGGUUGGAGGGGCGGGACCCCAAGGGGCAGGGGUGUUUGGAGUGUGCAGAUCCUUGCAGUGGGCAUGGAUACAUACAAGGUGAAGAGGACAGUUUUGGCAAGAGGACACAAGGAUGUGCCCGCCGGACGAGCGAGUGCCUCACUCUCGAGCCUUCCGAGAUGAUAGCAAUUGAUUACCCUGAUGUGCAGUUGAUGAAGUCUGGGCACCGCCUGCCCUGCCCCACGGCUAGCUUGGACAGACUCUUAGCUCUAGACCCCCACCAAGACAGCCGCAUCCGAACAAUGGACAGUGGCAUUGAACAGUUGGCUGGAGACCUGCAAGUGCCCAAUGCUAUGUACAGGAUGGAGCAGUACCCCCGGAAUGAGCAGCUCUACAAACGCAGUUCGCGAGCUAGCGACACUUCCAGUGCAUAUUCUGGUUCCGACAUGAUGCAGUCAUCGAUUGAUGACCAGGAUGCAGCCGAGAUGGACUACAGUGGGCUGCAGGAGAGCCUUGUGGACUCGGAUGAGGAGGAAGGAUAUGCCGAAUCCACUGAGUCAUUACCGAUUCGAGACACUGUGCGAGAAUGUCUGGAGAAAGAACCAGCAGACAGAAAAGAGGAUGAUAUAGAAAUACUCUUAGAUUUUAUGCAGCAUUUCAGAGCAUUUGCGAACAUGACUCUAGCCACCAGGCGGGCCCUGACGGCAGUUAUGGUGUUCGCAGUGAUUGAGAAGGCAGGCACUAUUGUGAUGAAGGACGGAGAGGAGCUGGACUCGUGGUCCGUCAUCGUCAACGGAGAGGUGAAGGUCUCGCACAUGAGCGGGGAUGUGGAAGUGCUGCACAUGGGAGACAGCUUUGGGAUCACCCCGACCAUGCAGAAGAUGUACCACCAGGGUGUGAUGCAGACCCUUGUAGAUGACUGUCAGUUCGUCUGUAUAGAACAGCAGGCCUACUACAGGAUCCUCAGCCAGGGAGAAGAGAACACGAAGCGUCAUGAAGAGGAAGGCCAUGUGGUGAUGUUGACGGAGCAUCGGGAGCUGGACGGGGGCAACAGGAGGGGGCAUAUAGUCAUCAGGGGCACGUCGGAGAGGUUGAUGCUGCACCUUGUGGAGGACCACUCGGCUAUAGACCCUACCUAUGUAGAGGACUUCCUGCUCACAUACAGAACAUUUCUAGAAACACCAUUCUUCCUGGCUCAUAAGCUCCUGGAGUGGUUUGGUCAACCAAUCCUCAGAUCAAAGGUUACAAGAGUUGUACUAUUGUGGGUAAACAAUCAUUUCAACGACUUCGAGACAGACACAUCAAUGUGUGAAUUCCUUGAAGAGUUUGAAACUUUAUUGGAGAAGGAGCCUGAUGCUCUCUCUGAGAAAAUGAUUGGUCAAAUGCGUCUACUGAACAUAGCAUGUGCUGCUAAGGCGCGUGUACGAACAAUCACGCUGACCCGAGCCACACGAGAGGAGAUCCUGCGGUUCCAGAUCCUCGGAGGCUGUGAACGAGGUCACGGCAUAUUUAUUACUAAAGUUGAGAGAGGUUCUAAAGCUUUUGAAGCUGGUCUCAAACGGGGUGAUCAGAUACUUGAGGUGAAUGGACAAAACUUCCACCAGAUCUCCCACAACAAAGCUCUAGAGAUCCUUCGUGGGACGACCCACCUGUCUAUCACAGUCAAGUCCAACCUACAUGAAUUCAAGGAAAUGCUGCAGGCAGCUGACAAGAAUACACCUAGGAAAUUAAAAGCUGAUUUUAUCAUGCCUUCAAUGAAGCAGAGGUUAUCUGCCCCUGAUCUGGAUGCGUCUGUACCAGUGAUAGUGAACACCAAGGAUAACAAGCAUGACAAAAAGGACAAAGGUUUUAUGGCACUGGGAAAUAGGCCUCGAUUAAAGAAAGCACUUAUGAAGAUGAAUUUAAUACCCAGAAAUUUAAAUAACAGUAAUAAUGGUAGCAUGAACCACUCCGACGAGAGCCUGUACCCAAACCCUUCACGCAAGUCCUCCACGUCCUCUACCUCGUCCUCCAACACCGGCACAAUGACAAACCAUCUCAGUGCCAGCAACCCUGACCUCUCCCUGGCCGGGCUCACCGUCAACGAUGCUGCCAGCGACUUCCCUGAACACGUCGUCAAAGUCUACAAGGCUGACCAGUCAUUCAAGUACUUGCCAAUUCAUAAGGAAACAACUUCGAAAGAAGUGGUUAUGCUUGCCCUGCAAGAGUUUGGUAUCACAGAUCCCAGCUGCAACUACUCCUUAUGUGAGGUAACAGUUCAGAAUGAGGAAGUAAUCAAACAGAAACGACUGCCGGACACACUGCCGAACCUGCCCGACCGACUGGGUCUCAACGGAAGGCGUACUUGUCCACGUGUACUCAGGUACUAUUUAAAGAACAACAUGAGUACCGACUCUCUAGUCCCCGAUGAGCUGCGUGGCGAGCUGAUCAAGGAGAGCCAGAUCAGCCUGCUGCAGCUCAACUCCGCGGAGGUGGCCUCACAGCUCACCCUCGAGGACUUCAAGGUGUUCCGGGAAAUCGAGCCCACGGAGUAUAUUGACGAACUCUUCGGGCUUGAUUCAAAGUAUGGCUGUCCUGCUCUCAAGAAGUUUGCUGAGCUGGUCAACAGGGAAAUGUUCUGGGUGGUGACGGAGAUCUGUAGUGAGGGAAGUCUAGUCAAGAGAUCAAAACUCCUCAAGCACUUCAUCAAGAUAGCCAAGCAUUGUAAAGAUUGCAAGAACUUCAACUCUAUGUUUGCAAUCUUAAGUGGUUUGGGUCACCAGUCAGUAUCACGACUACGUAACACAUGGGAGAGACUGCCUAGCAAGUACUACAAGAUGUUCGAGGAUCUUCAAAAUUUGAUGGAUCCUUCUCGGAACAUGGCUAAAUAUCGAAAUCUCAUUAACAGUGAGCACAUACAACCUCCCAUGCUGCCCUUCUUCCCAGUGGUGAAGAAGGACCUGACGUUUAUCCACCUUGGCAAUGACACAAUGGUGGAUGGACUGGUCAACUUUGAGAAGCUCCGCAUGAUUGCCAAAGAAAUUAGACAUAUAUGCAACAUGUCGUCAGCUAGAUAUGAUGUUAGCACCAUGUACCUGGGCACUGGCUCCAUGUUCUCCAGCACGCUGGUGUCCGGAGUGGCCACACUCAAGCGCACCAAGAACCGGCGAGGCUCUACGCUGCCCAACCUGAAGAAGAUGUAUGAAGAGGCCCAGAUGGUGAGACGAGUCAAGUCGUACCUGAGUAAUAUGCAGACUAUCACAGAUGAGGAGAAGCUGAAAGAUCUGUCUAACCACUGUGAAAUACCUGCAGCUCGAAAACGUGACCCUUCACCAGGGGUGAACACUGGCUCCCCGAACCACACGGUGGAGAACAAGGUUCCAGUUCAUACAGGGCCCAAGUUUGGUGCUGAAUCUCCGGGGGCUGUACGAAAGAUCAUGGCACUAACCGACAAAGUUCGUCCUCAUAACCCCAAAAUUCCUCUCCCGCCUGUCACUAGUCCAUUGUCUGGUCGUCGGCAAACGUCGCCGCGCCAUGCUCGGGCUAUGCAGCACGUCCACCUAUCGUCUGAGAGCUCCUCUGUUGUCAGUCUCAGUAAUAUGCAUAUACGCAAGCCCAGUCGGACGGGUUCGAUAGGUUCCACGGACUCUGCCAGUCCUACCAGUAGCGUCAACAGCUACCAGCACCAGAGUUCCUCAGAGACCGAUUCCGGACACUGCUUCGACAGUCACAGUAGCAGCUCUGUGGGGUCCUACAACUCUCCACCUGUACUCAGGAAGGGACAGCAAGCGCCGAUGAACUCUCUCCACCCCCACCAUGUUUCCUACCCCCAGGCCCAGAUGCCCCGCCCCCCUCUCCCCUCCUACCACACCGUCAUGCAGAAUGCUCCGCUGUCAGCCCCUGCAGCGUCUUGCCAUUACAAUCCCCCAGCGUAUCCCAGCCGGCGGCUGCCACUCCCAGACUACCAGGCGGCUACUCAAAUGGCACUUGCACGGCAGAAACAAUUAUGGCAGGCAGAACGCUCCCGCUCACAUGAGGGGGUAGGGUUCUACGAGGAGGGGGAUUAUGAUAACACAGUAGAGGAUGUGGAUGAACAAGUGUCUGCUGUAUGAAGACCAGGCCAGUGUAUAUCACAACCCAAAUGGUGCAAUUCUUUUCAAUCUGUGAUACAACUGGCACGGCGGAGUGGCUCCAUCUCUCAAGUGUCACAUGAUCUGGCAAGCCACAGCCAUGGAGCCUGAAUGGCAGACCCAUCCGGGUGGGCAGGGACAGACUACAGUUUAACCACCCGGGUGGGCAGGGACACAUGGUUUACCUAUCCUGGUGGGCGGGGACACAUGGUUUACCUAUCCUGGUGGGCGGGGACACAUGGUUUACCUAUCCUGGUGGGCGGAGACAGACUACAGUUUAUCCACCCAGGUGGGCAGGGACACAUGGUUUACCUAUCCAGGUGGGCAGGGACAGACAACCGUUUAUCCACACAGAUGGGCAGGGGACAGACUUCAGUUACCCAUUUAGAUGGGUGGGGGUAGACUUCAGUUUACCCACCCUGGUGGGAAGGGACAUAUGCCCAUCCUAGAGAGUGGGGAGAGACAACAGUUUGCCCACCUGGAUGGGAGGGGACAUAUCGUUUACCCAUCCUAGAAGGUGGGGAUAGACAACGGUUUGCCCACCUGGAUGGGAGGGGACAUAUGGAUUACCCAUCCUAGAAGGUGGGGGAUAGACAACGGUUUGCCCACCUGGAUGGGAGGGGACAUAUGGUUCACCCAUCCUAGAGAGUGGGGAGAGACAACAGUUUGCCCACCUGGAUGGGAGGGGACAUACUACGGUGCUAUGUACAGUUCUCUCAGCCUGCAACUCAUCGCAAGCAGCUGACCUUGUAGGAAUGUUUCUAUACGGAAUUUGUGUCGGCGUGGGGAAACUCUGUGAUGGUGUGUGUGUAAAUAUAAGAACAGAGAAACAUUGUGGAUCUGUUCCAGAAAUAUGUAUACUCAUCAUAGACUCUUAGCCCAAGGAUUGUGACGUGUCAGUGGACAGUGUUUUGUGCUAUGUGUGGGCUUAUAACCUUAAAGGAUCUCGGAACUAAUACUGUUUUGAAUGGACUCCACCUAUCUAACGUGCUAACACAGUUUUCUCAUUGGAGCCUCCUGUUGUUGACUGACAGGUUUAAAGCAGCAAAUGGCCAUGUUUGCAGCCUACUUAUGCAAAUAGCUAAAUUUGCAACAGUUGAUAACAAUGAUCAUGCUUGAAGCCACUGACUCACCACAUGGUGGUAUGAUGAAGCAAAAUGGCCGUUUGAGACAGUAUUUGAAAGGGUUAUCUCCCCUUGAACACUUUGAAAAUCAAAACCUUUGAUAAACAUUGGUAUGAAUCUCACAGCUUUGGACAUGGUCCAGACUGACCAUUAUCAGUGACAAUAAAAGCGGGAGAUGGGCGGGGACAACAGAUGACCUUGGGCAGUGCAUUAUGUACAGAUUGACUGUCUGCUCGCUAAAUGUAGUCAUUUCACAUACCAGACGGGAUAUUGCAUUUGUUUGUUACAUUGUAGCAAACUACAUUACACUUGCAAAUCUAUGCAAGAUAUCAAGGAGGGCUGGGCCACGCCUAUGGGCAAAGAUGUUCAGAGUUUUAGAAUUGUUUUUAUAUCAUUGAUUUAUAUAGAUUAACCCUAUAAUGGAAACUGUUCGGAUUGCUAUCAGCCAGAUGAUGCAGAAAUGGGAAAUUCGUAAUAUUUUUGUAAACUGAAGCGAACAAAUCUUUUGGUAUCAGACAUGAAAUAUUUCAGAGUUGUAUGUAGUAUCUUUAUUGUAAACUUGGUCACAUGAAUGUACAGAUAUCUCAUAUUCUUAAUUCCAACUGUGCUACUAUGUAUUUGUAUACAGAUAAAACCUAUUGAGCUGCCCUACAUUCACUUUGCUGUAUACUGUAUUCAUGAUGGCUGAUUAUCUUGAAUGUCCCCCAUAUCUCGAAAUUGAGAUAUGUUCCCUGAUUAAUGAUAAUGCAGUUUGACCGUAUGAUUUAUAAACAUGAUUUAUAGACAAUGUCGAUAAAACCUGGAGUGGUGAUCUGAACAGUUGCCGUUGUAUGGAAAAAAACAAUGGACAUUAGUUUCUGAUGUUACGGGAUCAAUUUAGUUUGAUUAUCAUUAUAAUAAGAUAUUAUUUUUUAUUCUCAUCAUUUAAAUAGGAUGGAAUAAAUCUGAUUUGUUUCCAACUACAGUCGAACACCAUUCCCACCAAAAGUAGAGUUCUUAAGUCAUAAAUGAUGGAAUAGUUUCGACUUCUGUGUUUCUCAGGGUUGAGAAGCUGUCCUAACAUGGUUAUGUAUAUGAUGUAAUAAAUUAACAAUAUUUGAUUCUCAAGGAAAUCAUGACUCCUGCAGAAUGAUAUUCUAUCAAAAACUCAAUGUUCUUGCCAUUGAACAUAGAAGAAGUUAUGUUAAAGUAUGAUUUGUCUUCCUUUUCUCCUAGAAAUCACCUUCUGUCCCUGGAAUGAAAGAUGUUGAGUUGUUCAGCUUUCUGUAGCUAACAUUCAGGACUAGAUAUGUAGGCUAUAGCAGUACUGAGACACCAUUCUGACUGGGUUCUUCCUGUACAAUUCUUGUAGCUUGAUUAGAACUGCAUUUCUACAGCAUUUAAUGAGUCAUAUAUGACAAACAUGGGCAUACAAGUCAUGUAUAUCAUUCAGUCAUCAAACAUUGACCGUGUGAUCUUGUGUUCGCUAUGUAAGGAUGUAUGGUUGAGUAUCUAGUCUAUAAAGGGAUACUUUCUGAGUAGAAUUUCCUUUUAUUCGAUAUGGUAGCUGAUUUUAGGGGUUUAAUUUAGCGUGUGCAUGUUGUUUGGCAAAGAGUGGUAUCUUUUUAUAUAAGUAAUCAGCAAGUUACUGAAAAUACGAAAUUAGGAUAACAAAGCAAUUUGAAUCAUUCCAUUACUUUACAAAUGAUCGGAGAAGCAUUUAAUUUGCAAGCACAUGCUUUUAAAAUGUUAAAAGUGUAUUUCCCAAAAUGAGAGGUAGAACUACAUAUGCAUAUUCAAUUUCAUGAAAAGAGGUUUCAUUCUUAUAAAUACAUCAUGUUAACAGUGACUGUUGUCAUUAAUGGUAUCCGGUACUCUGGCAGUAUCUGGGACAAACUCUUGAUUUGUAUUAAGGAUGUGAACAACAGAUUAAAUGUCUUCGAGACAUACAUUUGUUUGAUACAGAAACUGAAUUUUUUACUCAUUUUUACAUUUGUUUGAUACAGAAACUACAUUUUUUACUCUUUACCAACAACAAUUUCGUGCAGGUAUGUCAGACGGUUACACGAUGUGAACCUCUCGCGCUAUUAUUCUGGUAUUGAUAUGUUAUUGAAGAAAGUAAUCAUUAUGAUAUGUUACCAUAAUAUUUCAUCCAGUUUGAUCUCAAGGUUUUAGUAAACCUUUUCUAGUUUUUGAAACACUACUGUAUGAUGAGUAAGGGACCUGUAGGUUUGAGAGAAUUUAGCCAGGAAGGAGGGUGGAAGUCUAUAAGGUGGUAGAUGCAAUAGGUAGAUGCAGGUAGCUAUGCUGUUUUUAGCAUGGGUGUUUGUUGGAGAAGAAGAAGUUUGUUUCAUUGUUUCUUACAAUGUGCCAAAAGUUCACAAUAGCGAAUGCUGUUUGAAAAUGUUAAGUUUGGUUGUUUUAAAGUUUAUGAUCUCCCGUGAAUGGUUGUUAAUGCAGUGGGAUGCUCUGGUGAAGGACUGUUAUUUUUAUGGCCAAAAAUCAAGCUAAUUGUAUAAGAAAUAAGAUUGGUCUCUUCGGUGGAUAAUUUCAACAAUAUUGGUAUCUUUUUGUUUAGGAUAUGCUCAUUUUGUUUUGACUUUGUCGGAUUGAAUAAUAAUUAAAUGGAAAUGUUGUACAAUUUUAGUCUCUUAAAAGGAAUCAAUGCACCUCUUUACAAGGCACUCCUAGGUUAUGUUCUUUUGUGUGAUACUUGCACCAAAAUUAACAUCACAAGCUGAAUUACUGAUAAAAGAUAGGAGCUUGUGAGAUGCAUCCCACUGUGUUAUAGUGUCAAAGGGAGACAACUACCAUAGGUAUGGCCUAGCUCCAGUUGUAUGUGUUCAAGCAAUUUUCCUUCACCCAGUCUGAUCUAGCAAUUGUGUAGUAUAAUUUCAUGUACAUUCUCAUUUGUUCAAGGCAUAUUAUACAUUGUCUUUUUUAUCAGUGUCUUGUACAGAAUUUACGUAUGCUUUAACUGUGAAUAAAACACUCAAGGUAGAGAAAUA